AGUCAAAUUGUUUUUAUUCAUAUGCUCCACACAAAAACAUCAGCAUCACCAAACACUGACUGGUUUUUAUCGCCAAAGGCAACCUCUGAGGAUCGAGAGGGGGCGGCUUUCUUUGUCUCCUUUUUUUAGAUGUUUCCUUGAAGUUUCUGUGCACCUUUGGGUGGCUCUCUGUUGUUAUUGUCUCUCUCUUUCCUCUGCCCUGUGUGAGAGAUAACUCAAGAAUCAACCUUUCACAUUAGUCAAUAGGCUGCAGUCCGUCUUUUCGGCACGGUAUAUUCUCUUGCUAGCUCAAGGGGAAGAUUUUGCAAAGCCGACACCCGAAAAUUUGGACGGUUGAUUGAAAGGAGAGAGAAAGAAAAAAAGGGGGGCCUUCUAUUCACUUUGUUCUUGCCCUUCUUCUUUUUCUCAAUCUUUUGCAAACAACUGUCUUCUGGGUUUUUGUGGGUUAGGUUUUCAUGGAAUCCCUACUCACAGAAUAUUCUAGUUCCUUGAAUGGGUUGAAGUUUGACCUUGGAUCGAUUUCGAUCCACCCAAAUCGUAAUCUCAUUAAUGGGUUCAAACACGAUGCUGAACCCAAUAACCCCAGUACCAGUGCAUCGCCGGCUUCCAGUAGCUUGGAGGUGGAAUCUCCAGAAGAUAGUGAUACCUCCAAUUCAAUUCUCAAGUUCAUAAGCGAGAUGCUCAUGGAGGAGGAGUUGGAGGAGAAAAACUGCAUGUUGCAGGAUUGCUUAACCGCCCUCCAGGCUGAAGAAAAAAAUUGGCAUGAUGUCCUCUACCAGAAGGAUACCCCUUCAUUAGAUCAUUCAUCGCCUUCUGUUAAUCAAAACUUCGAGAGUAGAUAUGAUCAUUAUUCCCCUGAAAAUAGCAAUUCUGAUGGUUGUUACAACUGUGCGACUGUAUCGAACCAUUUUAAGUUCAAUGGAGCUUGCGAGCAGAGUAAUUGCAAUGGCUCUCGUGCUGCUGUGAUUGAUUCUCCUUUUAGCUCCUAUCUGGAUCUUGACUCAUAUAGUGGAAUACAAGCAGCUAAUGAGCCCCUUUUAAGUGGAACUACUGAUAUACUUGGUGUUGGGGGUAACCGGACAGUGUUUCCAGAACCAAAAGAAGUAAUUGAUCACGCUGGGUCAGAGGGUGAGGGAAGUCAGUGUUCUCCGAACAGGGGAAAGAAAAGUCACGGACGGGAAGAUGGAGAGUACCAACAAGGAGGACGAAGUAACAAGCAGUCGGCUAUUUUCGUGGAAGAAGAGUUUGAUGAACAAACAGCUUUGUUUGACAAGGUCUUGCUUUGUCAAGGUGGAAGAGAUGACCAAUUAUGCCCUCUUUACGAUAACCCAGAAAAGUUAGAAAAUGAAGAGUUGCAGCAGAAUGUGCUGGCAAAAGGAUCCAGUAGCAGCAGCAGCAGCGGCAACAGCAGUGGCAGAACAUCACGCAGGAGGAAAAAGGGAAGUGAAGGGGAUAUGGUGGAUCUGUGGACCCUUUUGACUCAAUGUGCACAAUCCGUGGCAAGCAAUGAUCAUCGAAGUUCACAUGAACUGCUCAAACAAAUCAGACAGCAUUCUUCUGCCUAUGGCGAUGGCACCCAGAGGCUGGCCUAUUAUUUCGCCAAUGGCCUUGAAGCACGUUUGGUAGGCACAGAGACGCCAUCCUAUUCGAUGCUCAUAGGUAAUGGCGCAUCUGCUGCUGAAAUCCUCAAAUCCUACCAGGUCUACGUCCAAGCGUGCCCCUUUAAGAGGAUGUCGAAUUUCUUUGCAAACAGAACAAUCAUGAAAAGGGCUGAGGAAGCACAAAGGCUUCACAUUAUUGAUUUUGGCAUUCUCUAUGGCUUCCAAUGGCCCUGCCUCAUUCAACGUAUCUCGAGAAGACAAGGUGGCCCUCCCAAGGUCCGCAUGACGGGUAUUGAGUUCCCACAACCUGGGUUUAGGCCCUCGGAGAGGGUCGAGGAAACUGGGCGACGGUUAGAGAAGUAUGCCAAGAGAUUCAACGUGGACUUCGAGUACCAUGUGAUUGCAAAAAAGUGGGAAACCAUCCAGUUAGAGGAUCUGAACCUCGAAGGAGACGAGAUGAUUGCGGUCAACUGCUUGCACAGGUUGAAGAACCUGGCUGACGAAUCAGUGUCGAUGAACAGUCCGAGGGAUGCCGUUUUGAAUCUGAUAAGAAGGAUUAAUCCGGAUAUAUUCGUUCACGGGGUGGUCAACGGCUCCUAUAAUGCUCCUUUCUUUGUCACAAGGUUCCGAGAAGCGUUGUUUCAUUUCUCUUCGCUGUUUGAUAUGUAUGACGUGAAUUUAACUCGGGAGGAUCCCCAGAGGAUGGUCUUUGAGAAAGAGGUGUUUGCCAGAGAUGCAAUGAAUGCCGUCGCAUGUGAAGGUUUCGCCAGGGUCGAGAGGCCCGAGACAUAUAAGCAAUGGCAGAUCAGAAAUAUGAGAGCAGGCUUUAGGCAGAUUCCGUUGGAUGAAGAGAUAUUUAGGAAAGUGAAGAGAACGGUAAAGGCAGACUACCACAAGGAUUUCAUCAUAAAUCAGGAUGGAUAUUGGAUGCUCCAGGGAUGGAAAGGAAGAGUGAUCCAUGCACUCUCGUGCUGGGUACCCGCUUAGGGAUUUGGCUAAGAAUUGUGUGCGCUUUCGGAGUAUAUUUGUAUCUAUUCUUUAUAGAUAGUGUUUUGCUACGAAAAACUGAUGCCAUGUAUAGCUUAGUUCCAUAUUGCUGAGCCUACUGCAGAAUGUUUGGCCUCUGAGCUAAUGUAAUGUAAAGAGCUUCUUCAUUUUCAUUUCAAGCUUAGGACAGGACUAUCAUGAUCUUUUGUUCUCCUAA